AUGCAGGGCGAACAGGGCUAUAACAUACCCCACACCACACCAGGCUUCCAGCCGCAAGGCAUAGCGAAUCAAGCCCAGUAUCAAUUUUCCAGUCUUAAUGGCGGUGCCAACAUCGACCCAUCCUUCACGGACGACUUCGGUAGCCCGUACGGAGGCAUGACUGGUAAUUUCUCGACGCAAGCCCCUCUCGGCGUGUCGGGUUUACAGUCCCCGUCGCCCCUGUCUUCGGCUCACCGGGUGGCCAUGAUGCAAGGCCAGACUCAGCAGAUGCAUGCUCUCCAGACCGACAAUGCGUUCUUGCGCGGACAACUUGAGGCUUACAAGACCAUGUUCUCGAGUGGCAAUCUUGCCAUGAGCCAGGCGGCAGCGACACCUCCUCCAUCUACCCCCAACCAAUCUGGUACUCGUGGCGCGCCCCCUCAGGAGGAUCGUAUGAAGUAUCCGAAUGUCAUGUGGUGCUACGAAGAGUGGGUCCCCGUCAAGGCUCAGUUAAAGGACCGUCGUAGUGCAUCCAAGUCCACCUCUGCACCUUCACAGUCCUCGACUGCUGCUCCUCGUAUAAGCAUCGACCUAACCGACACUGACAAGCUCGAGGCGGAGAGGCUGGACGAGCUUCUCAACUCUACGACCGCCCCUUAUCUACAGGGUCCAGAUGGCAAGCCGGUAUCUUCGACCCGCUUGGCCACGAUCCGAAGCCGCAUCACGAUGAACUUCAAGAAGCGCAUUCUCGACGCAAAGAAGAUCGUGGUCACGAAGGAGAACCCCACGGGCGCGUACUCUUGGGGCAAUGUGCCCGUUGAUAUCUGCCAGGCAAUCGCAUGGGAUGUAGGAUGGCUGUUCCUGGAGGCUCGAUUAUGCGAGGGCGGGGAAUGGAAGGUUCUCGAGCUGUGCAAAGUUGCCUACCCGAGCUUCAUUAGUGCCCGCAUCGACAACGGAGAACUGCCGCCCAACCCUUCCGCCCGUUCAACGAUCAUGAAGAAGGAAGCUGACGAUGACGCCCUACUCCUAUCCGAACAAGGUCCGGCUCGAAAACGGCGUGCGCGGAAGAAAGCCUCGCAGUCGGCGCUGUCGUUAGCGGAGACUUCUGUGGAGCUGCCACACCAGAUUGAUACCGCGACUACUAGCGUGGCCGGGGUGGAUUCGACGGCUGGGGAGCCUUCGAGUGCUGCCAAAGCCAUAUCGCCUGUGCACGCACCGUCCGACACGACCAGCAAGGACCAGUCUGACGAUGGUCCUGAGCAUGCGCGUGAGUCCUCAACUGAGUCCUCAACUGCACCGCGAACUUCGGGCAACCCCGAUGACGGGAUGGAUGUAGAGGAAGAAGAGGAAGAACUGAUCGAAGAGGGUGCCACGAAUGCGCAUCAGGGCUCGCCAGCACCGCCUCCUGCCAAGGUUGCACUUGCCAAUCCAUUGGACGACGACGAACUGGACUCGGAUGAUGUCCCGGUCGCGGCGCUUUCUAUCCCCACACCACCUGUGAACACGGCCACAUCCGCAACCAAGUCGACGGGCAGCAAGGCCUCGAAGCCGUAUGUGCCGUCAGAAACUUCUCUCACACCGCGGAACUUAUGCGGGCUUGAUUGGUACAAGACCAACAAGGACCGCCGCGGCACAUGUGCUGAAUUUGAUGCCCACUGGCGGGCUAGUGAUCAGGAUCACUGGACCAAGUUAUCCAAGGAGAAAAAGAAGAACGAGUCCACUUCUAGCGCCCCAAAGACUCGCGGCAAGGGAUCGCGCGGAGCGACUUCGACAACUGCUGCUGCGUAG